AACAAGAAAAUCAAAUAAAAUUGUAGUCUGCGGUUUGACUGUUGACAUAAGUUUGUUUACACUUCUAAACGAUGUGUUAAACAUAUUUCUUAAACAUUUACUAUUAGAUUAAGAAAUACGUUUUAUAGCAAUAAUUAAAAUGGUUCGUUUCAAAAACAGAUAUAUAACUGUUGUAAUUGUCUGUCCAUUUGUUCCCGAGAACAAACCCUUAGAGUUAAAGCCAAAAAUAUUCCAUGACACGUUACUGAACAAAAUACAACAGAUGCAUGGUGACUUUGGUGUAGCCUCUGUAACGAAUGGAUUUUUGACAAAAUAUUGUAAUGAGAAUACCAGGAUAGCAAUAAUAAGAUCGAGACAUGGACCACAUAGAUUUGUAACUAGUAGUCUACCUUUUAUAACCAAGAUUGGGAAAUUAGAUGUUAAAUUACACACACUGCAUGUUGGUGCAACACUCAAACAUACUUUUAAGUUUAUUCAGAAACAUCAGAGAGCUUAUUUAGACUCGAUGUGGGCAAAGUUAAAAACUGAUGAAGAGAGGAAACAACUAGAGGCUGCAGUUAUGGAUUUCACAAGAACAGAUGUUAAUAUAAAUAUAGAAAAUAUGGCUUGAA